AUGAGGUCCGAAGCAGGACUUGGCGACGGGGGUGAGCAAAUGCAAGGCACUCGCAAAGAUGGAGUUGAUCAGGAUGACAGCUCCAUAAAGCAAGGGUCAAGGUUUCUCCACACUGCUCUUUUUGGUAAGGGCGAUGACCGGAAGGAGGGCAGUGCUUUUCGUCUUCUCCACCACUUUAAUCCUGCUACCUAA